UAUAAGAACUAACCCUAGCAUUCUUCUUGCGUAAAAAAAAAACCGUUCUUCUUCUUCAACUCUUUUAUCCGCAACGAGUUUCUCUGCUACGGUCGCAAAACACUCGAUCCGCAACCAACAAUGGCUUCCAGAAAAGGCGUCAAUCCUCGCUCCGGCGACGGUGCUAGUCCAGGGAAAAUCUUCAUCGGAGGUUUAGCCAAAGACACAACAUUAGAGACAUUCGUGAAGUAUUUUGGUAGGUAUGGAGAGAUAACAGAUUCCGUUAUCAUGAAAGAUCGGCAUACCGGUCGGCCCCGAGGAUUCGGUUUCAUCAUUUAUGCGGAUCCUUCUGUUGUUGAUCAAGUUAUUAUGGAGAAUCACAUAAUCGAUGAUAAGCAGGUUGAAAUCAAGAGGACUAUUCCUAAGGGUUCAUCACAACAAAGUAAUGAUUUCAAAACAAAGAAGAUUUUUGUCGGUGGCAUUCCACCAACAGUAUCCGAUGAUGAGCUCAAGAACUUCUUCUCUAAGCAUGGGAAUGUUGUGGAGCACGAGAUAAUAUGUGACCACACCACUAAACGACCCCGUGGAUUUGGUUUUGUAGUUUUUGAUAAUGAUAAAGUUGUUGAUAAUUUGUUAGCUGAUGGGAACAUGAUUGAUAUGGAUGGUACUCAGGUUGAGAUCAAGAAGGCUGAACCAAAGAAAUCUUCAAAUUCAGCUUCUUUUCCUUCAUUUACUAGUGAUUCUAGGGCACGUUCUUACAAUGAUGGUUUUGGUGGAUUUGGUGAUUCUUAUGGAAGUUUUCCUGGUGGAGGUUACGGCCCUGCAUCUUAUAGGUCACUUGGAGGUUAUGGCGGUAGGCUUAGUGAUUAUGGUGGGUAUGAAGGUGGAGAUGACUUCAGUGGUGGUUUUGGGGGUUAUGGUGGUCGUGGUGGUACCGGUGGUUAUGCUGGCUAUAGAGGAGAAUCUUCUUUUGGCUAUUCUGGCCGCUAUGGGUCGUACAUGAGUGCCCUUGGCGGUGGAUACAGUGGUGGUGGGUUAGGCCCAUAUGGGGGGAGAGGUGCUGGGGGCUAUGGAAGUUAUGGUGGUCCUGCCACUGGUGGAGGUUAUGAAUUUGGCCCUGGUGCUGGUUUUGAUGGGACGGGAGGACUCUAUUCUAGCAGGGGUGGUUAUAGGGGCAGUAGUCGCUUCCAUCCUUACACACGAUAGUUUUAUGACUAAGCUUUUGCGAUAGAAAUUACAUGCAGGUUUAAGCAUUUUCUAGUUACAAGACACUUACUCUAGGUGUGCACUAUCUAGAAAGUCAGAUCAACCAAUAGCAUGUCUGUUUUAAUCAACCGCUUAGAAACCGAAGAUAGAACUUCAUCAAUCUAGAGCUUUCAGAGCAACAUCUAGAGCUUCCUGUCUGUCAUCAGCCUAUACAAUCUUUAGUUAGAUUAUGCUUUUUUGUGAUAAUCAGAUGUUUGCAU